AUGCACUUGACGACCGCGACACGACCGGACAUUGCCUUCACUGUGAGCUAUGUUUCGCGCUUCAUGGAUAAACCGCAAGUCGAGCACUGGAUGUCGGUCAAGCGUAUUGUGCGAUACUUGCAUGGAUCCAAAUCGCACGGCAUCUGCUUCAAACUCGACGACAAGAUGGAUUUCUACGGCUACUCGGAUGCAUACUGGGCCGGCAACCAUGUGAAUCGCAAGUCUACUUAG